CAUUAGCGAGAUGGAGCAAAAACAUCAAGAUCUUAUCAAGGCAAACUACUCUACAUUGGUCAGAAAUAUGAUACCUGUUUCAGUUGCAGGACACCUAUACGCUUUGCACAUCAUUACGGAGGAAAUGAGACAGCAAAUAGAAGCUGAGAUGACAAAUUAUGAUAAAAACAGAAAACUUCUCAGCAUCAUUUUACGUCGAGGGCCGAAAGCUUUUAUGGGACUCCGAAAGGCAUUAAUGAAAGCCAAUCAAGGGGACUUAUCCCGACUGUUGAUGAAUAAUGACGAAGAUACAAAGUCUGAAUAUGAAAAGAAACUUGCCAUGGCAAGAUCAUUCGUUAUCAACACAAAAGAAAAUGGAACUUCGGAAUCAAAAAAAGGCCAGUUAUCUCAAGAGCAAAGAUGCAGAAUACCUUUGGACGACGUGAACGACCUUUUCCUCACUGUCAUGCCAUACAAAGGGACAAUUUACAUUCAUAUACGUCACCUUGCAGAGUCUCACGGCCGCCUUAUUGCCACCAAGAAAGGGGUUACUUUUCCUUUGGACCGAUGGUUGAAAUUUGAAUCUCUUUUGCCAGAUAUUCAAAGCUACAUAGACAAUGUUGGCCAAGAAAACGAAGAAGCACAUUGGCAUGUUGGUGGAGGAGUCUUUGUUUCAUUAUCACCCAACAAUCCUACAGUAGACAUAAGGCAUUUUUGGAAGCCAGACGAUGCUACAAAACCGGUUCCAACAAAGAAAGGCGUCACACUAAACAGAAACAAAUUGGCAAGACUUAGAGAUGCUGUCGAAGAAAUGCAUGACUAUGUUCCAGAGUUAAAAGACACAGAAUUAUGCAUGCUUAGGGAGUGUCACCAGAAUCAGCUUGGAAUGCUAAACUGUCCGGAAUGUACCCCUUUUGGAUACGAUCCCCAAGACAACAUGUCAAUGGAAUGCAAUGCUGGUGAUACCCAAGACAUGAGAACCCUGGAGAGUGAUUUUGAAUGACAAUAUGAACAUUUCUGAUUUCAUGUAUUUGAAUGUAACAUGUAUAUCUGUUGUUUAUGACAUUAACCUUCUUUUAUUAUUGUUUCUUUAUUAUUCUCCCACAUCUUUA